UGAAAGCAUGAUCGCAACAAAUAAUUUUCUAAUUAUUGGUACAGUCGGUGAAAUAUCAGGAUGGGAUUGGAAAGUAGUUGCAUCUAGUAAAGCUACUAAGAGCAAACCAUCAUGGGUUAUUCAAAUUCCAGCUAAUAAGUAUAAUAAUAUCAAAACAUUCAAUGAAUAUGAAAUAAUGAAAAUUAAAAAGAUUUUUAACUUGUAUGUAAUAUUUCUAGAGAUAGUUACGAAAAGCCUGAUGUAAAUUUUAUGGUAUAUUCCAAAUUAAAUAAUAUUUUAUAUGCCGGUUGCGGAGAUAAUAAUAUUUAUGUUAUAAAUUUGGAAGAAGGAAAAAUACUUAGAAAUUUACAAAGUCACACAGACUUUAUACAUUGUUUAUCUUUAGCAGGCAAUCAACUUGCAUCGAGUAGCGAAGAUGGAUCAGUUAGGUUAUGGGACUUACGUAAAAAAGAAAAUACAAAUAUCUUGAAUCCACAUAUGGUAGAUAAAGUGGCACGUCCAAAGUUUGGUAAAUGGAUAGGUGCUGUUGAUUUCACGGAAGAUUGGUUGCUGUGUGGCGGCGGACCUAGUUUAUCUUUAUGGCAUAUGCGCACAAUGGAACCUGCCACAGUAUUUGAUCUUACCGAUCAAGGAAUUCAUGUUGCACAUAUAUAUGAAGAACGUAUCAUAGCAGCUGGUGCUGCACCUCAUGUAUAUCAUUUAACUUAUCAAGGAGAAACAUUAGCUAAAGUGCCAACGUCUAGUAAUACAGUUUAUUCUACUGUUUAUCAAGAAAUACCACAGAAAGUGCUUAGCAUAGCGGGGUCAUCGAACAAUCUUGAUUUAUGUACAAACUUUAAUUAUAGGGAAAUGACUUUAAAAUUUGCAUAAUAUACGAUUUUAUAUUUA